GCUCACCCGCACCUCUUCAAGAUUCAAUACCAGUACAGUAUAUAUCAAUUUAACAGCCCCGGUUGCCAUACGAGUUACUCCAUUCCCCCGCAACCCAUACCGCCCGCACGCCAUCUCUCUGAACGGCUUCCUCUUUGCGCUCGCUUAGACGGAGAGGAGCGAGACAUCACCCUUCACGACAGCGGAGUCAACCAUGAGGCCUUUGCUUCUCCCUUACCUCGUAGCUGCGCUUGCUUUCGUCACUGCUGUGAUCAGUCAGCGAACCCAUGAUCAGCCUAAGCGCGCCUCUUACCAAGAUUCGUCGGAUCUCAUAUGCCAUAGUGGGACUUGUUACCCCAGAGUCUUCCAACCUACCCAUGAAUUUCAGGUUGUGCGCGACGAUCAGGAAUUGCCCCCUGGGCUUCACUACAGGCUCAAUCUCGAAACCGGACUUAAGGAAGCGAAAAUAAACGUGGACGACGGCUCGGAAGCUGUCAAUGGCGUCAUAGUACUACCGGAUCAGGGGGCGGAAUCAUUACCACCCGAUGGCCACUCUGAGCAACGGGUGCCGAGUUCUGAUGACGGAGCUAUCAAACCCCCGCUGUCUUCUCCUGGGGAUGGCGUGACGUUUGGCGAAUCUUUGGAGGUAAUCCUUGAUACAUCCUCUCGAUCAACCUCCGAUAUCACCGCUGCCCUUCUUUCGCUCGAGGACUCUGCACACGAAAUCUACUGGGGACUGCAAAUCUCAGCCCCACGCUAUGUCGCUAGUCUUUUGCGUCUGAUCGGAAGCGCACCCGAUGCUUCCAUCAGGUCGAACUCCGCCCUUGUUUUGGGAAGCGCUUUGUCGAACAAUCCCAAGGCUCUCGCCUCGGCCACCUCGGACCCUCACGUCCCCCUGAUCCGCUCGCUCUUGUCCUCUCUCGCGGUGGAGAAGGAUGCUGGUGCUAAGGCACGGAUCCUGUAUGCUCUCAACAAAGCUAUCAAGUCUCCUCUCACUCGAUCCGAGUUCCUUAUUGGAGGUGGAAUGCGCACGCUACAAGACCUUUUCGCACAAGGCAACGCCGAGUUCAUGGUUAAGACGGCCACCUUUGUCGAAGAUAACUUCCUUAACGAUGAUAUGCGUGCGGAGUCGGAGCUGAAGGCCGAGGCCAGUGUCAAGAAGCAGGAUAACAUUCCGAAUCGUUAUCGCCCCGAUCGUGUCCUUGACGAUGAGAGAAACUUCUAUCGACAUUUUGAGGAUGCUCUUUUGAACCGAUCUAACCAGGAAGAUCUUGAGAAUGACGAGUUCAAGAGUAAGGUGUUCAGCGCCUUGAGCGCUUUGAAGCGCAAGUUCUCAGGUGAGGAAGCUUGCACUCCUAGCGCAGAUUUCUUGGCCUGGCUGGAGGGCCAAGUCGAUCUCAAGGGAAAGACUCUCUUGGAGCUCGAAGGGGAGGGCGACCAAUUGACGAAAUUACUGGCGGUGGAGAACCGUAGCCUUUUUGUUGGCGGCUCUGAGGGAAGAGAAUCAAGCACUGCAUAGUUCUGAUAUCUGUCUUCUAACUUGUCUGGGUGGUGCUUUGAGGAGUUUUUUCCUUCCGCCUUUUUUUCCUUUUCUACGCUGUAAAUAAUCGGGAAGGUUCCAUAUUAUGGAGAUGGACGGGUUUCUUUUGUUGUGAACUGUCCUCUGAUUUCUGGUCACUUUACAAAUUUUGUGCGGCAGUCUCGGCACUGUAUAGUUUCUCCUUCCCGGAAAUGCAUCGACAUCUGAUCCGGGCAAACGCCACAUUCUUGUACUAGAUCCUACCAGUACUUUAAUGGGGUCACUAACCGCAACGGAUCGUUAGAUCAUACAAGCACCGUAUACUCUUCACCGAAUAACAGAGCUAGAGACUAAAGUUUCCGGAGCGCAAACAGACACCCGUUAUUACCAUGCCAUAGGUGGUGAAAAUACUGUAGCUGCUCUAAGUUGCCUAGUACUGUACUGUACACUGCUCCCACAGGAAAAACAAUAAAAUCUACUGGUGCUGAUCGUCAGCUCGAGUUCUGUACUUGAGUAUGAUAACUUUAUCAUAUCUUUAUUAGUACGGUAGUGUGGCGCCAUCAUGAUUUUGCACUCGUCUUUGCUAGACCUUCCCUUAGCCGUAGUUGGGCGAUCAGAUAAGAUCCUUUUGGAAAUCCAGGUCAGGGCAUGCCCUAACAGAGUCACUCCUUCACCACACCAUGGGAACGACAAAUUCCGAGAGGCCUUCUUCCCCUAAAAUUAUCCGAUAAUUCCUUGACAUAGUGAAGAUUCACAAACUCGCCCACCGCCCGUCAAUUCACAUUCUAAAAGAAACCGGAGUGCUUCUACAAACAAAGCGCAGCGAUGGGUAGGCCCAAAAAUCCCACCACAGAUGGACUUUAUUCAGCACAGAAACUGAUGCCAAAUUUGCAGCCCCAACAAAGAAGACCAAGAAGACCGCCGACAGCAUCAACACCCGCCUAGCUCUCGUCAUGAAGUCAGGGAAAUACGUGCUCGGCUACAAGUCCACCCUCAAGACUCUCCGUUCUGGAAAAGCUAAGCUUGUUAUCAUAGCCGGUAUGUCUAGAGCUCUGAUGCAAGUGACCGUAUUCCGAGCACAGUCUGAUAGAUUCGGCAGGCAACACACCUCCUCUCCGCAAGUCCGAGCUCGAGUACUACUCCAUGUUGGGCAAGUGCCACGUUCAUCACUUUGCCGGUAACAACGUAAGAUAUAGCCAUUCCGUCCUUCCCCUACUUGAUACUCUCGAAGGAGAAGCUGUUCAUUGAACUGCGACUUCAUCCCUGAGAAGAAGCGAGGUGCUUCGGAGGGAUAACUCUGCUAAUUUCUGGGUUGGACAGAUUGAGCUUGGUACUGCCUGUGGUAAACUCUUCCGUUGCUCAACCAUGGCUAUCCUCGACCAGGGCGACUCGGAUAUCUUGUCUUCUAACACUUAAGGUCUGGGGAUAAAAUAGGGUGUGUGGGUUGAGGCGAGGGAAUUUAGAUAGAAACAACAAACGCCUUUCCCUCAUCAAUCGAAUUACAUUAAACCC